GGUAUCUCUUAAAGUGACAGAAAAGGGAGAUAUAUGAAGUGCUGAAUUUCUGAUGAUACAGAGCAGGAUCCAUUAAGGAGAGGUACCCUUUCGCAUGGCUCAUAAAAGCCAAACUGAUGGAAUCAAGAAAAACAGCUCCCUUUCCUCUGUCUUCUUUAGUAAGAGUGAUUUAAAUGAAGGAUCCCUUCAGUGGGCAACAGAUGCUCGCAAUGGUCAGGUCCUCAUGGUACUCAGCAUGGACAAUAACUGCUCGGCCACCUCCUUUGACAUGGAGCUCUGUACAGAGAAACUAAAGUCCCUUGGGGUGCAGGUUGCAGUGGAUCAGUGGAGAAGUUUGCUCCAGGAUGCUGUCCUGAAGCCCGAAGUGAGGCGGUACAUGUUCUACAACUCUAGGGCAUUCCGAAUGGCCAUUGCCAUGAUUUUCUACAUGUCUCUCUGGACAAAUAUUUACUCCACAGUACAGCUAUGCUCCUUUGGGCGCUACUGGGCUGCCAGCGUGCUGGUGACCGUAGCUGCUGUAGCAGUCACUGCAGUUGUGAUACUGAUCAUUGGGCGACGCCAAAGGAAGAUAAAUGUGAAUACAGAUGUGAGGCUGGCAGCUGUCAAUGAAAUCUUUAUCAAACACAAUUUGAUUCUAGGGAUUACAGAUGUCCUGGAUGGGCUGCACAAUGUCCUACAACUGUGGUUUGUGCACUUCAGUCCAGAGCGCUGCCUCCAGGCCUUAUCAGCCCGUCUCGCGGAGCUGCGCAGGAUGCAAGAGUCGGACCUGCGGCACAGCCUGGACCAGAUCUGUGUUGUUAUGGAGACAGCAGUGCAGCCUGAUCCUGGAAAAGUGGAGCAGGUCUCAUCUGAAGAAACCCCACUGUUAUCCACUGAAGUGAAUUUAACGAAAGAGCCUGUGACAUGCAAUGAGCUGCUCUGCCUCAUUCCAGAGGGCCCCCCAGAGGUAAUGAGGAAUCCCCUCCCCUGAUGCACAGAGGUGCCUAAUUGCCUCCCGAGGCCUCUCAUCUC